ACUAUUAUAGUUAAGGAUAGAGCUAUUAAUAAGAAUAGAGAGAUAUGGUAUCUUAUAUAUAUUACUAGCUAUAUUAAAGCUACUAAAAUUCAGGUAAAGAGUAUAUUAAAUACUUUAAAGAUUUUAAGAAAUAAAGAUAUACUAGUAUAA